UUCAAAAGUCAUUCCUGUCCAUGCAUACACCUCGUGUGCAGCUGAACGUUUCAGUCAUCGCUCCCCUUGACUAUCUCAUACCGUCUUGUUAUGCAAAAUCUUGAUCAUCAAGUGGUAUCCGCGAUGGGAAUGUGCGAUGAAUAUGAUGCAAAAGGCCACCGAGAAAUAUAUGACAACAUCUCAUCGAUGCUAGAGAAUGACCCUGCAUCUGCAGAUGGACAGGCACCACCCGUCCUUGUAUUCUACGCGAUGCGGAACAUCCUGCACCCUUUUUUUAUUCUGGGCCAGAUCCCGGAUUUGCUUGACCUCCUAGCCAUGGUUGACACUUUCCGAAGGCACGCGGUCGAGGCGUCUUCUGCUGCGCUAUCAUGGCAGGAAUAUUAUGCAAAUGAACCUAGCUCUGAUCCAGACGUGACACUGCUCACGGAAAGAGAGCUGAGGAAAAUGCAAGGUUACGUUGCGAAUGACGAACAGAAUAGGCUACAUUAUAUUCUGCUCGUCAAGAAUCUGUGUUUACUGCAUAUUUACUACCUUGUGACAUCGCCGGAGUCGUGUAUCCUUGCGGAACGUAUGAACGACUAUUUUCCAGGAUGCUUCCCAGGCCACGAUAUACCAUCUAAGCUCUUGUUUCAACACGGACUUUCUGACAGUGAGAAACAGAUUAUGGAAGGGGCAUACCAAGAAUGCAAGGAAUGGUUGAUGGAAGUCACCCAAUGGGAAGAGGAAUGGGAACAAGAACAAGAAUUGGAGCUUGCGGCCUUGACUGCGGAACAGGCCGACGCCGCAUUCCAGCAGGCCUUUCGAAAGAAGUUUCCUCCACCAUUGUCUCAGGAAGAACUAGUUUCAGAUCUGGACGACUACUUGAGCACCGUGGAGAGAAUGAUUCGCAAGUUGGAGGACUAUUUCCCUUCCGCCAAGGUUCUAGAGAGACUGAAGCGGGCGGUCUGAACGGUACUGUGUUCCAUUUUUCCUGGUAGAACAUCGUGAGCUUUGGAUAAUUCUAAUAUAUGCACCCCUUGGCUCGGAGAGCAAGUCAUCGAUUGCGUUCAGAAAGCAGGGAGGUGACAGGCUGGCGGAGACCACGUAGCAUUGAUAUUGAUAGGCCGUGGUGGAUGGAUAGCCUAGUACUGUUGUCCGAUAGUAAGAUAUAUCCAGGUACACGAAGCAGCAACACCGUUGUCAAAG